CUCUCUCUCUCUCUCUCUCUCUCUCUCACACACACACACACACACACGCACAGGCACAAUUUGUUUGGGAAAGUUCUCUACCUCUUGUUUUCCUGGGAAAGGUUUGAUUACUUUACUCAUUUCAUCACCACCGCAGCUAACGAGUCAUCCAUUCUGAAGCUUACGAGAUCUCAUGACAAGCGAGCACCUCCUUGCCCACCUCUCUCUCUCUCUCUCUCUCUCUCUCUCUCUCUCUCUCUCUCAGAGGGAAGGGAGAAGAAACUGAAACAGAAAUCAAGAAUCUGUAACCAUUGUGCUAGCCAUUUGUGACAAGAAAAUUCCCCGACUUAAUGCCAAAUUACCACCUCCGUUCUCUAGCCCAACCUCUCUUCUCUGGCACAGCCUCUGUUCUCUAGCCCAAUCAAAGACAUGGGAAAACAUUUCUUUUACUUCCCAAUGUCUUGUCUGUAGGCUGCUCUCUUUCCACAAGCACGAGAUUCAUAUUCUUACCUCCCUUAAUUAGGUUCUCUUUCUCAUCUCCCCCGACAUCUAAAUUCAUUCUGCUUAAUCCCCUUCUGAUCACACUCCAAUAUGGGCAUCAAAGAACUGAUGAUCUCCUUCAUCUUCACCACAUUCCUGCUCUCCCUCCUCUUCAUUCCGUCAGUCCUACCCUUCUCUAUAUUCCAAUCUAGCAACCACUCCAACUCUUCCGGGCGACCCGAGAAACCGUACCCGGUCAGCUUUGCCUACCUCAUCUCCGCCUCCAAAGGCGAUGUCAAUAGGCUAAAGCGCACCCUGACGGCGAUCUACCAUCCCGCCAACUACUACCUUCUCCACCUCGACCUCGAGGCAACGCCUGAGGAGCGGCACCUCCUUACCCAAUUCGUCUCCGACCACCCCACAUUUUCCCUAAUAGGCAACGUUUGGAUUGUACACAAGUCGAACCUCGUCACCUACAGGGGCCCCAGCAUGCUCUCCACCACUCUCCAUGGCCUCUCAAUCCUUCUCAGGAGGUGCCAAUGGGAUUGGUUCAUAAACCUCAGCGCCUCCGACUACCCGUUGAUCACUCAAGAUGAUCUAAUAACGGCCUUCUCCAACCUGCCUAGAGAUCUCAGCUUCGUGGAGCACACAAGCCACUUGGGUUGGAAAAUAAGAAAAAGGGCAAGGCCAAUCAUCAUAGACCCUGCGCUCUACAGUCUCAACAAGUCGGAGAUCAUCCGGUCUACCCAGAAGAGGAGCCUGCCCACUGCUUUCAAGCUCUACACAGGCUCUGCUUGGACCGUGCUUUCGAGAUCUUUUGCGGAAUACUGCGUUUUGGGCUGGGACAACCUACCAAGGACCCUUCUCCUCUAUUACACCAACUUCAUCUCAUCGCCAGAGGGCUACUUUCAGACAGUAAUUUGCAACUCAAAUUACUAUAAAAACACAACGGUGAACCACGAUCUCCAUUAUAUCAUGUGGGACAAUCCACCAAAGCAGCACCCUCUAACCCUGGGAAUGAAGGACUACAGGAGGAUGAUUCUGAGCAGCGCAGCAUUUGCAAGGAAAUUCAAGAAGAAUGACCCAGUCCUUGACAAGAUAGAUAGGGAGCUCCUUCGCAGAAAGAAUGAACAGUUCACGUACGGGGGGUGGUGCUCUGAUGGGGAAAUUACGAGGUGCUCAGAUGGUCAAAGCAAAGGGAGGACAGGAGUUUUAAAGCCUGGGGCUGGCUUUAGGAGAUUGAGGGCGUUGUUGACAAAGUUGCUAUCAAGUAGAAAUUUCAAUAAGCGGCAGUGCAGAUGAGAUAUCCAGAAAGAUGUAUGGUGAAAAUAGAAACAGAGAAAUUUUUUGCGUGGAUUUCAGAGCUUUGAAGCAUACUGGGUGGAUUUGUGAUAAUUGCAGAACCAAACACUUCUGCAAGUCACCUGAGCAUAUUAGUUGUGCUGCUGGAAAAAUAGCACUGAGAUUUAGGCACUUGUUGCAAAUAAAAGGUUUGGAAACAGUGCAGAAAUCCAUUUUCUACUACUACUGGGCACACCUAUCAGGCUCUUACGGUGCUUUCACUUUGAUUUUUCUUUUUUCUUUUUGCUUCCUAUGAUAUGAGUCAUAAUUGCCAUGCUAGUAAUUCAGUCAUUUAUCUUCUUGGACGAGUCAGCUUCUCAGAGGGGGGAAAAAAAUGUAAUUUACAAUUGAAACUCAAAUCAAUCAAGUCCACUCCGUCA